AUGACUCCUUUAUCAUCUACUCCUGAAAUCUUUUUGAUUAUAUCGGAUAGUCAUGGUAAAUGUUUAACACCAACGAUUCUUACAUCUCUUUAUUGUAUUAAAACAUAUUCAAUUUCGGGUCUUCAAUGGGUUAACAAUUAUAAUCACGAUUUAAGUCUUCUUUCCUUAAUCCAUACUGAUCCCAUUUCUUCAUUAAUUAACUCAACUUCGAAUAUUUUAUUUCUUAUUGGGAUUAAUUCCGUCCGGAAUUUCCCUGCUCAAGAAAUUAUUCAACAAGUUGAUUAUCUACUUGAUUCUCUUUUUUCUCGUUAUUCUCAUUUAAGACAAGGCAGAAUCAUCAUUACAAGUUGUCUUCCUUGUAUUAAACCAUCAAAUCGUUUCUCUACUAUUACAUUAUUAAGACACAAUAUUGAAAUUUAUAAUCAACUAUUGUUAUCUUUAUCAGCAAAACAUAAUGUUCUUUACCUCGAUUUAAGUGUUCCAUUUGAAUGGUUAAGUCGAGAUAGAAUUCAUCUUCAUCAUGAUUAUCAUGAUCGUUUUGCUAACAUCAUUAUAAAUUAUCUUCACGAUUUGAACGUACAUCAUCAAUCAUCUAACAAUAUUAAAUAUCGUUCUCGUGAAGCUAUUAGUCGUCGUAAUAGAAAGAGAAAUUUGAAAUUUAAACAAAUUCAACAAAACUUUAUAAUAAGUCGAGAUAUUACGUCAGCAUGGUCCUAUUAUCAUGUGAAAAAUUUUCUUAAAUCUAGCAACAUUCAUUAUGCUAGAUUAGUUAUAGUGUCUAACCAUACACUUCGGUUACACUUUAAUAAUUCAUUAGACAUGCUGCACGGUGAUCAAAAUUUACCCCACAACAUAUUUGAUUCCAAUAAUUUUAUUAAUUGGAUUCAACGAAAUAAAUAA